AAUUGACGUAAUUUCCGAUACGGAAGUAAAAAAACAAACGCUAGCUGGAAAGCGGUAUAUUGGGCGAUUUUCAAUUAGUUUUAACACCAAUAAAUCUUAAAUUCUUCGUAGCCGUAAAUCAGCCGACUGUGUAUCCAUGGAGACACCUGAGCCUGGCCCAGCAGAUGGAGAGGAGCACCUGGUGGAGCUGCGACCACGAACCCGCUCCAACCCUGAAGGUGCCGAGGACCGCCGUAGCAGCACUGGUAGCCUUGGAGGUGGAGGUAACCCCAGCCUAUCACAACCAGCUGUUGGCAGCCGCGUUGAGGGAGAAGGCGAGGCCUCGACCAGUGAUAGCCCCCCCAGUUCCACCACUACAAGCAUCUCCACAGCUGUAGCUCAGACUGUGACCCCUGUGGCUGCUGCUGCGACAGCUGCCACUGCUGUUACACCAAUGCAGCUUGCUGCUGCUGCUACAACCAAGGAGAGACCCAAGCCCACGCAACAGCAGCCCUCACUGUCGACCGCUGUACCCCCACCAGCAGAGUACCAAAUUCGAGUUCCACGUGUCAACUGUCCAGAAAAAGUGAUCAUCUGCUUGGACCUUUCUGAGGAGAUGUGUUUACCAAAGUUGGAGUCUUUUAAUGGGUCUAAAACAAAUGCCCUGAACAUUUCCCAGAAGAUGAUUGAGAUGUUUGUGAGAACUAAGCACAAGAUUGACAAAAGGCAUGAAUUUGCUCUGGUGGUGGUCAAUGAUGACGCUCUGUGGCUGUCAGGUUUCACCUCUGACCCCAGGGAGCUGUGCAGCUGUCUGUAUGACCUGGAGACCAAUGUGUGCGAGACUUUCAACCUGGAAGAUCUUCUAAAUGUCAUUCGUCAGAAGAUUGAGCUGCCAUUGAUGGAGAAUGUUCAGACCAUCCCACCUCCUUACGUGGUGCGGACUGUGCUCAUCUACAGCCGACAUGCUGGGCAGCUACAGCUCAACCCCUCUGAGGCUGUCAGUAAAAUGCUCCAGUCUCCGUAUUUUUUCUUUGACGUGGUCUACCUACACAAUGGGGCAGAAGAUCAAGGGGAGGAGACCAGCUGGCGGGACAACUACACUGCUUUCUGCAACCUCGACUCGAAGGGCAUGGGUUAUCGCUUUGAGGUUUCUCUGAGCGGCCCCGCCAUUGAGCUGCACAACUGCAUGGCCAAACUUCUGGCUCACCCUCUGCAGAGACCUUUCCAGAGCCAUGCGUCCUACAGCCUCCUGGAGGGCGACGAGGUGCAGGACGUGGAAGCCACAGUCUAGAAGGGGACUUAAUUCUGUGGGAUUUAACGCACACUGUAUAUUAAUAGACCAGCACUGGGAUUGUCCAAAUACAGGUAGUUUUCUAUUA